AUGGAUGAAUCAGAUUAUUUCAACUACACAGGGCCUAGCCAGACUUCAGAUGAAGAGCGUAGGUCUCACUAUGGCAAGAGAAGACCAGAUCGUGUGAGGUCUUCGAGUACCAAUUCGAGGGUAUUUUCACCUGGUAAACAACAACAACAACAGCAACAACAGCAACAUGGACAACCAUCACCAAGUCCAUCGGGGAUAAGAUCACCAAAUUCAACGAUGCAUGUGGGCUCUUCGCCUUUAAAUACCUUUGUUCUACCGGUAAGGCUUCAACAACAAGGAUCCAACACAUCUCAACAACAACAACAACAGCAGCAGCAGCAGCAGCAGCAGCAGUUUUCACCACACGAGCUGAUUUCACCAAGAUCAAGUAGGCGGCCCUCAUUAGGUGGAGUUGUUGCCACUGGGAAACAUACUGGACCACCACCAUCACCAAAUAAGUACCACAAGAGCGAUCAUUUCAUCAAACGCCAUUCAAACAGUAAUUCCGAUGUACCUGUUACUACUCCAACCUUGGUGAUGCCACCUGAACUGGCGUCUCUCAAUACACAGAAUACAUCAGCUGUCCCCACACCACAGCCGUCCAUUAGUCAAAUGCCAUCCCAGUACAACGUUUCUAAUUCUUCAAGCACGAAUGUAACUACUCCUGCAACAAUGACCAAUUUCUCACAGGAUACCAUAUCACCUUCAUCGUCUACAAAAUCGUCCAUGAAUGUGGCUAAUACAUCAUCAUUGAGUCUUCGGGCAUUUAAGAAGCAGUACGUGUUGAAUGAACAAUUGUAUUUGGAUAAAAUGAGGAAUAGCGUGCCAGAUGAUUAUUAUACCAGAGGUAUUGCACCAGCUUCUAUGAAUGAUGAUGAAUUCGAAUCAGAGAUGGAUGACAUGCUUGAUAAUAAUUUUAAUGGUGAUGAUGAAUUAGAUUUCGGUACAAAUUUCUUUACGGCGGGCGCUGAUAAGGAAAAUUUGGUAGCUAUGAGUUCCAAAUAUUUACUGCAUAGACUUGAAUGGCUGAGACAAGCAGACCCUACAAACCCUACAGUGGAGCAUGUCUUCAAAAGUCUAGAUGAGAAGACUACUUCUGAAAAAGAUUUUUCAUUAACAAGCUUUGCCAAUCUAUCUAUGGGAACGCAGAAUUUGUUGUCACAACUUUCAGAUCAUUCACUGGUAUUAGAAAGAUUUGAAUGGCAAACCAUGUUAUCAAAUGUACUCAAAGGUGAUAUCGUUAAAAGUGAAAAGAGUAAAAUCGCCAAUCAAGUGGAACGCACAGGUAUGAGUACACAGUACAGUGGUGACCUUUGGUUAGAACUGAAGGCUUGGAUGAAUGGUAAACCAGUCCCUGAUACUAAGAAACAGUUAGAGGUUCUAAGAACUUCAGCAGACUCAGUUUUCCGGGAAAUUAUGGAAUUUAAAUUAAAGGAAGAUAGUACACCUGAAGAAGCAGAACAAGUAAUACGACCAUUACUGAAUAGGUACUAUAAAGUGACUAAUUAUUGGGUGAAUUUGAAACAAAUGUAUCAGAGUAAACCUAUAACUAAAACUGUAGAAUUUGUCAAUCGAGUCGAUUCCAUGAAUUGUUGGUUAACGUUCAAACAAAAUUUCGAGAUUUUGACCAAAUCCUUAAAGAACUGGGUAGGCGAUGAAGAAUUAGACAUGACAAAUAUCCAUGAAAGUUCCGAUGAAUUGGCGAACAAUGAACUUUUCGCAGAAAGAAUAAUGAAGGAAAAAGAUAUUGAAACCAUUUUCCAAAAGAAAAUAUUUUUCCCGCUAGCACCAUGGAUAUUAGAAGCUAAGUUAGCCUUCUUCAGAUACCAGAAGCACAUGCAAGAGAUUAAUGUCACUUUCUUAAGUAAAGAUUUGGAGAUUUUAUUGAUGUUUCCCAUGAGAUUAGUCAAAGAAAUUAUUUUAAUAAGAUUAGCAUAUGCGAAGAAAUUAAAAAACCCCACAAUGAUGAUGAUCGAUCAAAUGAUAGAAGAUUUCACCUCUUAUAUUAAGUUGUCCGUGCAGUUGAAAUAUACUGUCAUAGUUUAUUGUCAAGAUUGGCCAUUGAACGUUAAAAUUGAUCCACAUUUCGACGAUACUGUUGUGGAGGCCAUUCACUACCUCUUCACCUUAUUGCAUUUAAAGUUAUUAGAUUGUACAAAGAGAUCUUUCAAGACGUUCAAGGAAGCAGAUGAGCUGUACAAAUAUUGGGAGAAGUUAAAAAACGUUGGUCAUUACAUUGAUGGAGCUGGGAAGGUCAUCGCCAAAGAAUUCAACAGAUUGACUCUCAGGCUGUUGCAUAGAUUACAUUCUUACUUGCUGCAACAACAGAAUUGCCCACCCAAAUUCGAUUCCAGUUCAGAGGCGGAGAAGUGGUUGAUACAGUUGUUUGAAAAUUUGGGAUCGAUGAAGAGAAAAUUAAACAGAUUUACGAAUUUUUUGACAAAAGCAUUCCAAAAUUCAGUUAGCUAUAAAGUCGAAAAUCAUAGGUUACUCUUAAAGAGAUUGAAAGAAACUGGUCACUUUUUGAUUUACACAGGUGGUGAAUUGGAACAAAAUGGUAUCUACUUAGUGGGAAGUGCUGAGUUGCUCGGUUGUUCUGAUGAAGAUAUUUUCAAAAUCAUUUACAAUUCAGAAAUUGGUUGUGAUAUGAUCCCUAAGCUUGACAUUAGAAAUAGUUUGUCUCUUUACAACGCUGUUGAGAAGGGUUGUGAUCCAAAUAUAAUGAUUGUACAAGAAAUGGAUUCUCAUGGUGUUUCUUAUUAUCACAUUUUGAAUGAGUUUACAGAGGCUCAAGCUCGGUUUAGCGGUCGUACCAGAGCAGGUACCAAUCCCGAUCUAUUUGCUGAAGAUUAUCAAGAUACACAAAAUGAAAUGAUAGAUUUAGAGCUUAAAUUGCAUUCUUUGGGUUAUGUUCUUGUCCUAUGCCCUGGUGAACCCAUGCUAUGGGAGGGUGAUAUGUAUAACCUUUCCGACGGUAGUGGCAUUAAGGCAGACGAUUUCAAGAACAAAUUGAGUUCAAACACUUUAUUAUUAAUGAAUCAAGGUUCUAGUUAUGCUUUAGAAUAUCAAUGUGAUCGUUUCCAACAAGUUGCAGAUGAUUCUGUUUUAUUUAUCGAAAGAAGAUGUUCGUUCGAUUCUGUGGAGAGUAGUUUACAAAGGAUUAACAAGGCAUAUUUCAGAUUUACUUACAGUGUUUUGAGCAAUUACUCCAAGAUCAUCAACACAUUUCGUAAACUGCCUUCUGGGAUUGAAAUGCUGAAUAGUGUGUUUUUCUUUUCUAGAGAUUUUGGAAGAAAUUUCUUACGCACCAACGUCACUACCUAUGAGAAGAAAUCUGUUAUUAUACUAUUGAUGGUUAAAUUGAGUGUGGGUUGGCUAUCCUUUUUAGUGGAAGAUUGUGACCCUACCGAUCAGAGGACAUUUAGAUGGUGUGUCCCCGCCAUGGAAUUUGCCAUGCAAAUGACAAGCGGUUGGAACGUCUUAGGGUUAGAUGAGAAGCAGUUUGCAUCUUUGAAGCACAACAUUUCAGCAUGUAUGGCAUUACUCAUUUCCCAUUUCGAUGUUAUGGGUGCUAGGGCAGGUGAAGCAGAAAAGUUUCUGCAGCAGGCCAGACCUAACAUUGAUAUUCAAGAUGAGAUGGAUGAUAAUUCAAUGUUGCAAAUUAAUUCUGUGCUUCGUAUGCAGGCCAUUGGAAAUUUGGAGAAAAACACGAAGCGUAAUCCUCACCAGAUUGGUAGAGUGUUGGAUGACACUGAUAAGGGAAACAAAUAUUUAUUAUCUUUAGCAUCCUCAAUCUCCAAUGUUUCCAUGAGGUGGCAGAAGAGAAGUUUUAUUGGUGGGGGUACUUUUGGUAGUGUUUAUUCCGCUGUCAACCUAGAUAAUGGUGAGAUCUUAGCCGUUAAAGAGAUUAAGAUACAGGAUGCAAAAACAAUGAGAAAGAUUUUCCCCUCCAUCAAAGAAGAAAUGUCCGUCCUUGAAAUGCUUAACCACCCAAAUAUUGUUCAAUACUACGGUGUGGAAGUGCAUAGGGAUAAAGUUAAUAUAUUUAUGGAAUAUUGUGAGGGUGGAUCGCUCGCAAGUCUUCUGGAACACGGUCGUAUUGAAGAUGAAAUGGUUACUCAAGUGUACACCUUAGAACUACUUGAAGGGUUAGCCUACUUACAUCAAUCUGGUGUGGUGCAUCGUGACAUUAAGCCAGAGAACAUUUUAUUAGAUUUUAACGGUAUAAUCAAGUAUGUGGAUUUCGGUGCCGCUAGAAAAAUAGCGAGAAAUGGAACCACCUCACUUGGCUUGAACAAAACGUCCACCGGCGAAGGUAAUAACAGUUCAACUGGUAAGGAAAGCCCCUCCAUACCUGAGGGUCCUGCUCUACAUGACAUGAUUGGUACACCCAUGUACAUGUCACCUGAAUCAAUUACAGGAUCAUCGAAUAAAGGCAAAUUUGGAGCUGACGAUGUUUGGUCGAUUGGUUGCGUUGUUUUAGAGAUGAUAACAGGUAGAAGACCUUGGGCUAAACUGGAUAAUGAGUGGGCUAUCAUGUAUCAUGUAGCAGCUGGCCAUACACCACAGCUGCCCUAUAAAGAAGAAGUUUCAGCUGCUGGUAGACAGUUUUUACGCAGAUGUCUGGUACAAAAUGCUGCUAAAAGAGCUACUGCUGUGGAACUCUUGUUAGAUCCCUGGAUGGUUCAAAUAAGAGAACUUGCAUUUGGAACUGGUGAACAACAAGAAAGUACCGUUGUCGAAUCGGCCCCACCAAUUUCCGAAUAA